AUGAAUUUGAAUUCUUAACCUUCUUAAAUUAGAUAUCAAAAUGUAAGAUUAGUAAAAAGUACUUUGCCAUUUUUUGAAUAUUUCGCUGUAUAAAAAUCUAGCAAGAGAGAAGUAAUAUUAAAAAUACAGAAUUCUAUCAAUUCAAAUGUUUUGCAAUAGGAAACUGCUAAAUUGAUACAGGUCUAAGAUAUUGAAGGCAUACCUGAAGUUAUAGAUUAUGGUAAUAAUAAUGGUUAAAGGUAUUUUUUCUAAUUAACUUAGAUAUUUUUUGGCUACUUAAAGUCUUGGCCCAACUUUAAGUUCGAUUAUCAAGACAAACGGAUAGAUGUCAUUAAAAAACAUUUUGUUGAUUGGUGUCUAAUUGAUUAAACUAAUUUAGAAAAUUCACAAUAAGAAUUUUAUUUUGUGUAGUCUUACACCAAGCAACUUAUGUUUUGGAUCCGAUACUGAAGAUAAACUAAUAUAUUUGAAAGACCUAUCAUUUUUUUAAACCAAUGAAGAAGAGUGUGAAAUUUAAAAAUUUCCAAUUAGAGAAAUUAAUUUUCUUAGUCCAUAUUUUAUUAUUGCUAGAAGCCCAAGAUAUAUUGAUGAUUUAUAUAGCUUGGCAUACUUAUUACUAUACCUAUUAAAUGGUAAGAAUAUUAUUUUAUCAUAAUUAGGAACUCUCCCUUGGCAGUAAUUUGAUAAUAUAUUAAAUAAAACAUAAUUUGAGGAAUUGUAAAACCAAAAAAUAAAAGUAAUAAAUGAUCAAACUUUUUUAAAUUCAUAGCCAUCAAUUUUUGGUGAAUGGUUUAAAUAUUUAAACUCUUUAAAAUAAAGCUAACUUCCAAAUUAUAUUUAUUUAAGAAAUAUUUUAAUUUCUAAAAUUUAUGAAAAUGGAUGGAAACCUAAUGAAUAAAUUUUAUAUAAGUCUGAUAUUAUGAAAAAUAGCUCUAAAUCUAUUGUUUCUAUAAAAAGCAGAAGUCGAGGAACUUCUGUAACAAAAACUCCUAAUCAAAAAAUGAUUGAUAUAUUAAGUCCAAUAUACGAGGUUGAUAAAGAAUUUGAAUUAGCUCAGUCGAUAUAAAAACAAAAGGACGGAUUGUAUUACUUUUAAUAAUUAUAAAAUUUAUAAAAUUCAAUGGAAGACUAAUAACUUAUAGAAAAUAAUAUCAGUUUUACUUCUAUAGAAUAGAAUGAAAGCGAAUUAUGGAAAAAAAUGGAGAAAUUAGAUAAAAUAUCAAAUCCUAUAAAAAUGAUGAAUAAAUUUGGAAAAACUUGA